CCGUUGUCUUCCUAAUCAUUUACAUUUACCUUGAAGGCCUAUAUGGUUUAUUAGUCAUAUUCUAGAAUUACGUUGGGCCCACUAUCAAAAACACGCAUUCUGUGAAGAUCUCUAACUGCAUUUUCCUUAUUUCAGAACAGAUUUGAACUAUCUCUGUCUGCCUGACUGUACGCGCUGAAAGUGUUUGGGAGCAUGGGUAUGAGAGAGUCUCGGGUUGGGAAGAAAAAGAAGCGUCUUUUCUAUGGCACACCCACCCUGUAGCACUCGUUCAGUGGCAUCAGACCGAGAAAUCAACUGUUGCGCACGAAAGUCAAGCUUACUUAAUUCCCUAUAGCCAGGGCCAAGGAUAGGGUAACUAAUCAGGAAUUUCCCUCUGCCACUCCUGAAAAUGAGCGCGACGAAAAAGCAAACGCGUAACGAUUCAUUUUUACGCCUCCCGUUUCCGCUCAGAAAAUGAGGGUCUAUAAUAUACCUAUGUCUGCUCAAAUGUACAAUAUUUUCCAAUGAACUACUGGAUCCCUACCUAUCUUGAAAAAAGUUGCAAGAAGACGGGCGCCAGUUUUCAGCUUUUUAACACCAGCAAAACUAUUAAUGGAUAGUUUUUAAGGAUUAAGUCUUUAUCCAUUGCUGCCUUUACAAAUGAUUGGAGUACGAUUCCAGUGGUGGAGUCGCUUGCUGAAGUGGAAACGAAGCAACGAGUAAAACUUUGGGGUUUUAUAACUUUUGUGCGCCCUCUUCUCUGUGGAUUGGUGUUGCUACACCCUCUCGCACUAAUCGUUCAUGGCGUAGACGGUCGUCAUAUCUUCUUCUGUUUCCGAAGAACUUGGAUAAUACUUUCUGAGAAGUAAAACCCAAAUGAACGUUUUUCUGACGUGUGUGAUUGUACAUUUUAUUCCCAGAAAGACAGAGGGUCGCAAAAAAGAUCAGUUAACAUUUCUUGUUUCUAAUUGGAAGGAAUGGUUGACAAAAGAGACGCAUGGAAGGAUGCUGUUUCUUGUACAAUGGAACUGAAAAGUAUUUUUACAGUUGCCGUGGUGUUGUUUUUGUUCAUUUCUCCGAUUUUCAGCCAAGAACUCAAUCCUAAGGGUAGGAAUGUAUGCAAAACGCCAGGGUCAUCUGAGUCUGUGUGCUGCAGUGGAUGGGCACAGUUAAGAGAAGAAUGCUCCAUACCUCUUUGUGAGGGCAAUUUCACUUGUAAAGAGAACGAGGUGUGCGUCAGGCCCAACGAGUGCCGCUGUCGACAUGGAUAUUUCGGAGCCAGCUGUGAUACUAAGUGCCCCACCCAAUUUUGGGGUCCAGACUGCAAAGGGAAGUGCACGUGUUACCCUAACGGGAAGUGCGACGAUGUGACGGGCAAAUGCACGUGCAACCCCAACCGCUGGGGGUCCAACUGCGAGAAGCCCUGUGCUUGCCAGAAGGGCAAGUGCGACCAGGAGACGGGCAAGUGUACGUGCCAUGCGGGCUUCUGGGGGCCACAGUGUGCCAACAGCUGCUACUGCGCCAUCAACUCGGUGUGCGACCAGGCCACGGGCCGCUGCAUCUGCCAACCGGGCUGGUACGGGCGCAGCUGCAACACCCAGUGUGCGUGCAAUGGCAGUCCGUGCGAGCAGUUCACAGGCCGGUGCCAGUGCCGGGAGCGGCUGUGGGGACAGCACUGCGAGCGCUACUGCCAGUGCGUGCAUGGCAAGUGCAACCAGGCCGACGGCUCGUGCACCUGCAAGCCGGGCUACCGGGGAAAGUUCUGCAGAGAGCCUUGCCCAGCCGGGUUCUACGGACAGAACUGCAGGAACAGGUGUGGCCACUGCAAAGGGCAGCAGCCCUGCAAAGUGACCGAGGGUCGCUGCGUCACCUGUGAGCGAGGCUGGAAUGGCACCAAGUGUGACCUGAUGUGCGCCCCUGGCUAUUUCGGGGAGAACUGCAAGGACGAGUGCCCACCAUGUAAAGAUGGCCAUUUCUGCAGUCGCAUCGAUGGCAAAUGCUCUCACUGUAAUCCCGGCUGGAUCGGAGAUCGCUGUGAGGUGCGCUGUCCCAAUGGCACCUAUGGCGACAGAUGUGAGAACGACUGCAGCCACUGUUUUAAUGGGGAGUGUCACUUUGCCACCGGGGAGUGCCUGUGUGAUCCAGGCUUUCAUGGGACUUACUGUAACCUCACCUGUGACUUUGGCCAGUAUGGAGUGAACUGUGCCCAGACCUGCCCGUGCCAUGACAAGAACUGCGAUCCUGUGUCCGGAGCCUGCAAUCUGCAGCCCAACCAGCGGAUGGGAGUGAUUGCGGCCGGGUCGCUGGUGGCCUUCCUCCUAGUGCUGCUCCUCUGCCUGCUCUGCUGCUGCUGCCUCUGCCACAACAAAGGUGACAUCAACCCAGACCAGGAUAAUUCCACCAGCAGCAAGAAGGCCAAGCGUCUCCUCUGCGGUCGCUUCAGCCGAAUCAGCACCAAGCUGCCGCGGAUUCCAUUACGUCGUCAGAAGCUGCCCAAAGUCGUCGUAGCUCACCAUGAUCCAGAGAACACCUUCAACUGCAGCUUCAUCGAGCCCCCGUCCGAGGUCGAGCCGCACUCCCCCUCCUGGUCCGACCAGGAAUCCCUCUCGUCCUUUGAGACCAGUGAGGACGGCCCAGUGUACUGCAUCCCCCACGAAGAGACCUGUGGAGAUAGCAAUGAGAAGAGUAGUCCCGCCCCGGUAGCAGAAAGCACAGUGGCGUCCAGCGAGGAUGAUGCUGGCGAAUACACAUCCCUCAAAGAGACCACUCCGGCCAAGCAAGGCGCCGGUGACGGCAGCGAUCAGCCUCUGCUCAAGUCCACAGACAGCGAGGGCUCCACCAGUGGCUCUGAGUCGACCGCUGUGGCCCUCUAUGCCUGCAUCGCCCGCCUCUCCAAGCAAUCUAAGGAGGACGAGGACAGCAGCGCAGGGGAGGUUAAAGGGAACGGCAAGCCUCCGUCUCCCGAGAGGACCAAACCCCGGCCUCCUGAUCCCUCCACCAAACCCAAGGUCUCUUGGAUCCACAGUGCAGUGGGAACCAACCAACCAGAGAAAGGGAAGGGGGAGACCCCGCCCAGCGAGAAGAAGAGAGGAUCGUCAGAGUGUGGUGAGAAGCAGAGGAGCAGGGAGAAGUCGGGGAAGACCAAAGACAAGAAGAGCCAGGAGGGCAAAGUCCCCGAGGGAGGGGGGGACUCCCCCAGCAAGGGCAAACCUCACAAGGGCCGCACGGCUGAGGAACACAGGGAGCACAUCAACGGAGUGGUGCAGAACGCUCUGAAGAAGAUCAGCAACUUCCACUCGGAGAAGAAGGCUCCCAAGGAGGAGGCCCCCAAGGAGCCGCCCAAGAGCCCAAAAAUCAUGCACCCGCACAUGAACUCAGAGGCCGCCACCCUGCUGGCCGCCCAGCUGAAGGAGAAGACCCAGUCCAUCAACCGCAACGAUGGCCUGGUGGGGGUCAAGACCAACGGGCUAUCCACUCCGCAGGCGCAGCGUGAAAAGCCCACCCCGCCCCAGAAGGCCAAGCGCACGGUCGGCGGGGCACAGCAAGGCUCCACCAAGCCCCUGCUGCCCACCACCGGCAGCCUGCACAAGAUGGUGGGGCCUGUGACGGACACAGCAGAGAUCCCGGAGGCCCGGGGCCCGGACAAACAGCCGAGCAUGAACGGCUCUAAGACUGUGGAGGUGGCAGGGGACUCAACACCCAAGAAGACCCCCAUCAAAAAGCCCCCCAGGAAGAAAGGCAAGGAGGGUAACCCCCCUGACGCCGAGAUCAAAACCACUCCAAAGACAGCUAUCAUGCCACCUCAAGUAGUGAAAAACAAUUAGUGCUGUUCAGUCUCAAUGGAGCUGCUCAAUGAACCACACAGGCCAUUUUUUUCUCAUUAGUAACAAAUGACUGUUAUAGUGUUCAAGUAAACGAGCACAAAACAAGAAUUUUUUUUCAAGGUCAAGGACAUACCUGAAGCAAACAUUACUCUCGAGGUAGAGUGGAGAGUACACAGAGGAAUGCUUUACCAUAUAGUAUUAAUAUGUACAUGGGUUUUGAGGUAAUGUUAUAAGCUUGGUUUUAUGUUAUAAAUUCAAGUGUAUGCAAACUAUAAGCAGUUCAUUUAGCAUAUUCUGUACUCUCCUAUUAUACAAGGUAUGUUUUUGAUGGGUGUUCUAAUCUGUGUUCAAAGACAGUGGCAUAAGUCUUAUGUUUUGUGGAGUUCUGCAGUAUCCAGCACUUUCAAGGUGGUUUAUGCAAAACAAAGUAUUUAAAGAUUUUGUUUAUCGGCUACCAGCCUAUUCAAAGACGGUACUGGUAAUGCAGACACAUUUGACUUUGCCCAAUCCAGAUCCUGAUCAUAUUCAAUAUAUAUAUAUAUAGGGUUAAAUUCCAUUUGUUGUAAUCUAUAGACCAUAUGUAUUUACAACAACAAAGUUUGGCUAAUACUGGGACUUUGAAACUUAUUUGGCUCCAUAAUUACAGUCUUUAGCGAGAUGAACAACCUGUGGGGCUUGAGGUUAGCUCUCUGUCAUCCCUAAAAUGGUAGCUUCACCCAUGAUUGGCAUUUCAUUUUCUUUAGGUCAAAGAGCACACUGCAAUUUAAUUGUGAUAAAUCAUGCUUCAGUAUGGCCCUGCUGAAAUGAGAGCCAGAGCCCAUCAUGAUCCCACUGUCAAGCUCCCUCAGACCACAUGAUGCCUUGCAUAAGGAGAUGUGAAAAAUAACCUUUCUGUCAAACUCUCACGUACGGCGGUCUGUGCCAAGGCAGUGCAAUCAACAGAGCCACACUGGAACUCUUGACCUUGCAGUUUAAGAGUAAAGUGCCUUAGAAUUAUCACAAGAUGUGCCCUCAAGCGGUGUAAGGUUUUAGUCAAAAGUGCCCUUUCCUCUUCAAGCUGAGACUGACUGUGUGUGACGGUCCUGUGUGAGCUUAUCUAAAUGACUGGUGGCGUUGAGAUAGCAUUACUGUGGCGGUUCCAGACUUCUUCAACUGUGGUUGCUAUUACUCAACCAAGGGUGGCAUUCCCAAGUAAACCCCCUACAAACACACUGACACACACACACACACACACACACACACACACACACACACACGUGUGUAAAGAUGUAUGACUUUGUUCAUAAUAAUAGUGAAGGACAGGCUCAAAGCCAGUGAUUUAAUUUGUUCUACUCAUCUAUAUAUGCCCUGUUAUUCAGCUUGUUCACUUGAACCACUGAUUCUCAAAAAUGUAUCUUUCAUUGUGUCGGCAUAAGGUAAUAAUAACAUCAAAGGUCAAAUAUGUCUGUACAACUGCCAAAACUGUUCAAAACCCAGGUAUUGAUGUUAAUAUUGUUACUGUUUCCUAUGCAAAAGAUGACACCGAAUGGUACGAGUGCACCAUCUCUCGAAUGCCGGCCACGUGCAUGCUUAGACGAUGACUGUCUCCUCGGAGCGGUUUCCUGCGCAUAUUGUCUCCCCUCAGUCUAUCAUACUAUGUAAUUAUGGAACAACACAUCAUGUUCAGAGUUAUGGGCCUAACAAGCACUUGUGGGUUAUUCCGAGACCAGGAAUACCCUUUCUAUUAAAUUGAGGACUAGAAUCAAAUACUAGAAUGAAACUAGAAGAAAACUGGAGGCUUUUUGAGUUUUGAUGCAAUGUAUUUAGGUGUUUUAUAAUGUCUUUUGCAUCGUCCGAAUGAAAUAGUAAGAGUGAGUGUCAGUGUGUACAGACAGCAGUAUGAUAUUACGACCACGUGCUAAGGAUGUAAAGGAAAAAAUUGUUGUUACUAUGGUUGCAACUGUUUUCUAUAAUGGUACAAUUAUUUAGUCUUUAUAAUGGUUAUUUUUCUACGUUAAAAUAUUUUGUAAUAAUAUUUUGUCUAUGUCUGUAAGCUGUGCUUAUGUGAUUUUUUGCUAUCUCAUGUUAUUUUAACGUUAAAUGAACUGGCUUUCAUUUUUCUUUAUUUCUUUUUGUUUUGUUUCUUCGUUUUAUAUAUAAACAUCAGGUACAAAAAUUGAAUAUGAUUUUACAGUAUACUCAAGACGUUUUAGUGGUUGUGAGAUUAUUUUUGUCAUUUUUCUGUGGAGAUUCUUGUUCCUUGGGCAAUGAACUGCAUGAAGCAGAGAUAAAUGAUUGGUCAUUUCAUAUCUCACUUUCCUAAUGGUCCACUGCAUUUAUUUAAAACUGCCUUUUUUCAAAUAACUCACUCCGACAAGACCAGUUAUACAUGAUUUUGCACAAAUGUCUAUGUGAAAACAUGCUCGAUUGUAAAUGUUUGGAAGUCCGAUAUGAGAUUUUGAGGACUGAGGUUUUACUCGAAACAAGAAAAGAGAAUCUUUCCAACUGGCCCAGCUGCUGUUUACCGGCACAACAAAAGUAAGCCGUUCAGUUUUACCAGUAACCUUGGGUAUGUUAACAUCAUUACUUUCCAUUUUACAGUGUGUCCUUCUUGUAAAUGUGUUGUUCCUCAGUUACUUCAAGAAAAUAAAAUUAAAUGUUUAGCAA